AUGACUUCUCCGCUGGUGCUGGCCUUGGGCAUCAUACUUGGAGCCUAUGUUAUUCUGUCCGCGCUGCUUCACUUGACGCAAGACGCGAAAGAACCGCCCAUGAUCGAGACGUCCAUACAUACCAUUUGUAAGCCCGCUGUUUGGGCUCAUUCUGGGCAUGCAAAAAUUUAUGGUGGAACUAAGCGGCUGAUCAAGACCGUUGUGUUUGCGCCCGUCGAGGCCCAGGCAGCGGAGGCGGUCAUGGGGGUCGGUCCAGCGGGCAAUGCCAUCAUCGGUUCGGACAAAAUGCUCGAAAAUGAUUCUUACCUGUCAACCUUUGUGCUGUCGACCCAUCCAGCCCUGGCCCCUGACCCUGGACUCGACGCUAUCAGUUGUGCUAUAGCUCGACACCUCUCAGAUUCUAUAGAAAAGCUUAGCCUAACGGUUGAGUUAUUUUCAUGGGUCCGCGGAGAGAUAUUCAGGGCCAUCACAGAGUCCACUUACGGGCCAAAGAACCCGUUUCGUGAUCCCGCGCUUGAGAAAGCAUGGUUCACUUUUGAGCCCAGCAUCUUGACUCAUAUGGUCAAAGCAUGGCCGAGUCUCCUGGCAUGA